AUGGCCUACAUACCCCAGCAGAUCGAUGCGGUCAGCGGCGAUCAGUACCGUUAUGCAUUGACUAACUUCCGAAUUGCGCACGAGAAAGUCGAAGAACAACGUCGGCAACUCGAAGAACAAGAGAAACAGGUCGCAUUACUCCGCGCGCGAAUCGCCUUACUAGAAGGGAGUGCGAAUGACGAGCAACAGGAGAGCAGACAUCUUGGGGGUAGUUCAGUCGAUGACUUCUCCAUCAAAAAUACUGCGUCCUUGUUGGAGCGCUCGAUCAAUCGCUGGGCAGCAGAUAUUGUACGCGCACCACCCUCCGCACUGUCUGAUAUCUAUGGAGCUGCCUUGGGCGACAUCACCGGCUCUUAUGAUCCUGUGCCCUAUAAUGUCUCAGCAAUGCAGGUACAGAACAUCCUUCGCCAUGCGAUGUCAGAAGUCAUCAGCAGUGAGAUCAUCAACAAUCUCGUUGUGACAAACUCCCCUGAGGCAAAUGUUCAACUCACAAGGAUCCACGAGCACUUGUUCGCCCGCAACCCUGUCGUAGCAUGCGUUUGGCGCCGACAAACAUUCUCGGCGGCAGUGGAAACUUGCGACCCAGAAAUGACAGCCGCUAUUCUUGCAGAGACUCUCCCAGGGCUCACCAAAGUGCUUGGGGGAUCAGCAAACAACACAGCUCCGAUUCUGGCCAGCGCAUACACGUUCUCGCGCAUGCUGCACAGUGCCCCAUCAUCAUCCACCGACGCGUUUUACCGCAGCUUCGUUCCCGAGCUCGGAAGCAUCCUCUACCCGCGUCAGAUAGAGCUCGUACGCCGCUGUCUCAAGAGCGAGCGAGGCGAACAGGAUCGUGUAGGUGCGACAAUCUUCCCUGGGCUUGUGAAGGUCACAAAGGGCAAUGUGGCAGCUACCGAGCAGAAUCAGGAGACGGUACAUACGGUCGUGCGGCGCGCGCAGGUAAUCUGCGAAUGUGCACUCGCAUUAUCGGGGAAUGUGCCAAUGCAGGGGUAG